AUCGUGAUGUCACAGAGGCAGGGCUGAUUAUUCCUGCUCCUAGAUGCUGCUGCUACUGCUUAUUGUCGCCAAAUCGCUCGUGAGGACAGAAGCGACAGCAGCUGUUGCGGGAGCAAAAGCGAAGGCGCAGCUGUAUAGCAGCGUGAACGCGAGCUGCAGCCGGAGCGGCGGCGACGUGGGUUGGGGGCCGCUCCCGCCGCGAGAGGAAAUGCGCGGGUCUCGGUCCACGGGGCCCUCGGCAGCGUAGCCCGGGCUAAGAAGUGGCCGCGCGAGCCAAGGGUUGCACAAAGAAUGACUCACAUCCUGGGAGAAGAUUAAAUAUGAAUAAAAACCAAUAAAGCCUGAGGAAGAAGUGAAAGGAGAUCCCUCUUCAACAACUGCCCUGAUGUUAAGGGACUUCAUCUUGCUCAUCAUGGAAGCAGAUGGCUGGGAGUGGUUAGUGGCUCCAGUUCAUCAGCUGAUAUCCUGGGGUGCAUCUGCAGCCAUGGUAUUUGGAGGUGUGGUGCCAUACAUCCCGCAAUACCGAGAUAUUAAAAGGACACAGAAUGCAGAGGGCUUUUCAACCUACGUGUGUUUAGUAUUAUUAGUUGCAAACAUUUUAAGGAUACUGUUUUGGUUUGGGAGGCAUUUUGAAUCCCCCCUAUUGUUGCAGAGCAUUAUAAUGAUCAUUACAAUGUUACUGAUGCUGAAACUGUGCACUGAAGUACGUGUGACAAAUGAGCUGAAUAUAAAACGGCGAUCCUUUUCAGCUGCAGAUAGUAAAGAUGAAGAAAUCAAAACACCUCCCAAGAGAUCCUUUCUGGAUUUUGACUUGAACUAUUUCUGGCACUGGAACAAGUUUACAGAUUAUGCGCAAUGUGUUCUGGCUUUCACUGGAGUAGCAGGAUACAUCACUUACCUUUCUCUUGACUCGAUUGUCUUUGUUGAAACACUGGGCUUCCUUGCUGUGUUCACCGAAGCCAUGCUGGGUAUCCCGCAGCUCUACCGUAACUAUCAGAAUAGAUCAACUGAAGGAAUGAGUGUUAAGAUGGUGCUGAUGUGGACCAGUGGCGACACUUUCAAGACCGUGUACUUCCUCCUGAACCAGGCUCCCUUCCAGUUCUCCAUCUGUGGACUUCUCCAGGUUUUCGUGGACAUGGCCAUCCUGUUGCAAGUUUAUUUCUUCAGCUGCUACCCACAGAAGCCAGCUUCACACGCAGCACACCCAGUCAGUACAAAGGCACUUUAAAGCACAAGAUGGAGGCAGCUUUAAGUUGUUCGGAGCCAGCCUUGCAGCUUCACUUCUACUUGCAACUAAUGUGUUUCUGAUGGGCGGGAAAUAGAAGAGUCAAGCAUGGACACCUCUAUGGGUACCAUAUCUGGCAUUGUUUUUAAUUAUUUGCUUUCCUUGGGUUGCAUGCCCGUUGAAAUGGAUUUUCCUCUUUGGGGGCUUCAAUGAGUUUUUAUUGUAUGUAUGGACAUACCUAAGUCUUAUUCACUUAUCUCUCUACAUAUGCGUGAGUGUAUCACAAGGGCUGGAUGUUAAUGUUUUCAAUGCUAUUUUUUACAAAUGUUCAGUCACAAGAAUCAGAGUAUUUUGUCUGACGCUUUUACUUAAUUUAUAUAAAAUAUGUAUAUUGGUAGUACUUUUGGAAUAUCUGUUAUAUUUCGGAUCUGACUGGUGAAGGCAAUGUAUUCAUCAUAAGUGAAAAUGCAAAAUCAUUUUUUAAAUGAUUACACUUGAUCAAGGGUGGGGGAGGUUGAAGCUAGGAGGAGAGGGGUUGGUGAAAGAUGUAAAGAAAUGUAUUUUAUUCAGUAUAAAUGUAUUUAGUAAGCAUAUAUGCAUAUAUAUAUAUAUAUAUACACACGCACACUGCUGGACCAGUGUGGCCAAUGUAUAGAUCAAAGUGAGGAGUGGUUGUGGUGUGGGUAAUGCUAUGGCCAAAUGGAAGCUACAAAUUAACUUGUUGAUGUAAAGAAAAAAGGAAGUAAGGAGUCUACUAUAACAUAGUAAGUCUUUUUUUUACAAAACAGUGGCACUCAUUUGAGGACUAAGGAUAAAUGCAGGCAGGUUGAGGAAUCCUGCAAAGGCAUUGCUAGAAGAACCAAUGAAGGCUUUAUGAUAGUAAUGGUGUGAAAGUGGGAAAGCUGAAAAGAAACUCCAUGUGUAGCUUAGGCCUUAUCUACACUCUUUGUGCAGUAUAUUUAUUCAGUGGAAAAGUGAGCAGAGUUACAUAGCUGUGUCUUCCCAGUGUAGGCACUGUGAAAGGUCUUGUAACAUUUGAUUCUUAAGCUGCACUGAUCAAUGGAAAUACUGUCAGUAUAAUUGCAUCUUAAACUAAAGAAAACUACCUGAGUAAGUUUUCUCCAAGAAAGAAAUAGUACACUGGCCUAGGAGAGAGCCAUUCUGAGAAGGAAGUGUUGGGCAGUCCUCCUUUCUAAGAAGAAAGCCGAAGUGUGACAUUUUUCUGAGUAUUAUUUAAUGCCAAAUGUUACCAUUUUGUGUUCAGGGGGAGAUAUUUGCAGUAGCCAAAUACUGGAGAAGAGAAAUAGUAGUUCUACGCCCAUUAAGGUCUCACAGGUUGCUUAAUUUUAGCAAGUACCAUAGCCAGCAACCGAAAUGCUAAGAGAGAGAAAGCAGUUAGGGAUGUGUACCUAUAUGCAAGGUAGAUGAGAAAAAGGGAGGAUCUAUAUACAUAAAGUAUGUUUGUCAGUUUCAGACUUGCAUCUGGCCUUUUCUGAGGACUUGGUCUGGAAUUCGCCUGUACAGCUUGAAUUGUUCUAUUUUUCAAGCUCCUUGCCUUUGGCCAGUUGCCAGAAGGAGUUUGCUUUGACCCCCUUGAGGUAAACAUGCAGCCAUGCUGUGCUUCAAGAACAGUUCUGUUCUAUUUAAAGACAUCUGUGAUAGCCUAGAAACUUACAUUCUUCACUGUUUGAUAAACCCUGCAAGAGGGUGGCAUUUUAGGUCAGCCAUAGACACCUGUCAAAAUUGUUGCCUUUAUUCCCUAAAAUUGUUCCAAAGAAUAGAUUACUUUAUGCACCUCUAAGUCUGAUCCACAAAAAAUGUUGUCAGCUGGGCAUUGUUGUUUCUUGGUGCAUUUGGCUGUGCCAAAUCAUCUCUGUCUGAAGAGACAGGGACAUUUCAUCAUCGCAACAGCGUGAAAGUCUUAUCAGAAUUUUUGUUUUUAAAGAAUUAUUUGCCUUCUGUACUUACACAUUUGCUUUCCAAAUUAUUCAUCUGUUAAGUAUUGAAAAACCUCAAAACUGGCUGGGCUUCCUCUUCUACAGGUGAAACCCUCCAUGUCUGAAGGGCAAAUUGUGCCAACGUGGCAGCUUGAAUGCACAGGAAAUCGGUCUAUUCUUCAAAAGGGAGAGGGUAGGGCUAUCCCCAUUCUGCAGUAGCUGUGGUGGAUCUCUCUCUGCCUGACUGGCAUAUAAACAAAACCUCAGGAAAGCUGCUUUAUUCAGAGCUUGGUGUGAAGCGCUAUAGUUGAUCUCACACUUUGUCGUAUUGAUUGGCUCCCAUGCUUACUCCCUUAUGCCUGAAGUGACCUUACCAAGCUGAUGUUAUGUGGCAUGGCAGAAUAUGAAUGUUUAAUUGCUCUCCUUUUCACAAAUGUUCUGGCUGUGUUAGGACAUCUGGGCAUUUGUCUUUUAAAUUAUAAAUUUCCAUCAUAGUUCUAUUUCCCUGGUAUGCUGCUGUAAUGAGGAUUGUAUUUCUACUUGUACUACAGGAUUUCUUAUAACUUGCUAUGGUAGGCUUUAUUUUUGUAUGGGGCAGUCUCUCCUUCUCCCCCAACCCCCACCCUGCCCCAUUGUCAGUUGAAAAGGGAUUCAGGACUAAGCUAGUAUGUUUUAGCUUAGCCUGUGUAUAUUCCCAUCUCAACUUUGUCUAACAAGUAUUGUUUAAAGUAAAAUUAAUAGUAUCUCCCUGUUUCUUUCUUCUUGGAAGCUGUACACAGGUUCUUAAUUUCUGCAGUCAAUAUCCCAAACAUAGGCUCAAGGCACCAUCGUAAGACUGCAAAUACCAUUACAGAAGUCAGUAGACUGGUGUCUAAAAUAUUACUUUUAUUUGUGAGAUAUAGAAAGCAGGAGAACUUAAGCUGUGAACUCUCCUGAAUUUCAGAGUGCAAGGGUCAGGGGCCAUUUUAAAACUUAUGCCACUUACCGUAUCUGCCAGCAACCACACUUGGAGGGGGGGGGAUAAUCUGUUUUUUCCCCAAUGGCAACCUCAUGCAGUGCUGGUUCUGCAGAAAAGGCGCUCUAACUCCUGCCUGCAUGGUUGGAUCAUGUAAACAUUCUCUAAGCCACGAGCCACGGUGGAAUUGCUCCCAGGUAAACAGCUCCCAUAUAUCUGGGAGAGCAACUAAAGAGCACCUCAGUGGUCAGUGAACCACUUGCUUUAAAAACUUAGAAAACCUUUCACAUGUAAAGAAAUCUUGUGUAACAGUGAUCACAUCAGAGUUAAAAUUUAAAUGCAUCUCUCUGUUGAAUGUAUGGGAUAUUUCAAUGGCACUCAUGUUGAUUAUCAGUUGCAUUGAUCUUUUAAAAAUAAACAAGUUAUACACA